GCGGUCUGGUUUCUCAGUGGGAUAGAACACGAAAGUGAGAAGAAACGGAGACGAUGAUGCUGCUCUGGACCGUCGUCUCUCCUCCGCCAUUAUCGCAAUUCCCAUUCUCCCUCUCCUCCUCCUCCUCUACACUUCGCUCUCCUCUUCCUCCUCCUCCUCCUCCUCCUCCAUCUUCGAGAGUGUUCUCUUCAAGCUCGUCGCACGCACGCUCCACAAGCGAGCGCAGAGCCCGAAGCUCCCCUUCCUUCAGUCACCUCGCGUCGAAGCUUCAUCACGCCAGCCACAUCUGCAGAGCCGCCGAGUACAAAUUCCCCGACCCAAUUCCCGAAUUCGCCGAUGCCGAGACGGAGAAAUUCAGGACCCACCUGCUGACGAAGCUCUCGAAAAAGGAUCUGUUCGGCGAUUCCAUCGACGAAGUCGUGGGAAUCUGCACCGAGAUCUUCAGUACUUUCUUACAUUCUGAAUAUGGGGGACCGGGGACUUUGUUGGUCAUCCCUUUCAUCGACAUGGCUGAUACCAUAAACGAACGAGGGCUUCCCGGAGGACCACAAGCUGCUCGCGCUGCAGUCAAAUGGGCUCAAGGUCAUGUUGACAAGGACUGGAAUGAAUGGAAUGGCGAGGAUAGCAGUUGAAAUGGAGUUGCCAAACCUUAUAAAAACUUUAGCCAGGGUUCUGUAGUAUUUAGGUCCGCCUUUUUCAUGUCUCGCUAGUAUCUAGUGUUUAUUCUGAGAAAACAUUUUUUAUAGUGAGAGAUGUUACAGAAAUUGAGUGAGCCUCGAAGUUUAGGUUGGCCAAGCAGUGGCUGGUGAAGGUAGUUUGUGUCUCAGCUGUUCUUGAGAUUGAGAUGUAAGACACCAUGGAGCAAAAUCUGAGAUGAUUCGAUUCGUCCUCCAUUCUUAAGAGGAAAGCAA